GAUACAAUGGAGAAGGCAUCCUUAGAAGUUAAUCUGCCUGGCACACAUGAAGAAGGAAAACUUUAUGUAGUUGACUCUUUAAACAACCUAAACAAACUAAAUGUUUGUCCAGAUGAAUCCCAGCAUGCAGUAGACGAGGAAGAGAACAGUGAUGGUAUUGGAGAAAACACAGCAGGGAGCAACAUAAGAAACCAGCAUUUGUUCUUCGUCACAUUUAUUCUUACUUUGAUCAUCAGUUUGGUCCUUGUUUCAUUUGUAAUAUUCUUAAUAAUUCAAACUAGAAGCAAGUUGGACCAAAUAUCAAGCAGACUAAUAUCUGACAAGAGGAACAUAGAAGAGCUUAAGAAAAUGCACACUAUGAUAUUACAGCAUCUAAAUCGAUCAGGAAUUAAGGAAAACCAGAAGUACCUCUUCACACAGUCUCCUGUGCCUCAUAAUUACCUCUUUACUUAUGCUGAGCUGAAAAUCCCUGAAGAGUAAGAUCUUCUUUGGAAUGAAAUUCAGCAUAUUCAUGGACUCAGAUAUUUUCCACAUUUGGCACACAGGUUACUUAAACAUUCUCAUAUCAUCACAGGAGCAUUGAAAAGCCAGCUGAAUUAAAAUGAUUAGAAAACAAUAUUUUAUCUUGGGUUUGUUGUGAAUAUAGAUUUUGAAAACUAAGCCCAUAUGAUCUGCAGUAAACAACAAAACUGUCAACAAUUUUGGGCAAUAGUUCCAGAUUCUCUGUGCAUUGUAGAUUGCAGAGGUAAGGGCUUUAUUUUAAAUGUGAGUGGACGAUCACAGAAAGUCGUUACUUCUAUUUACAUGAUUCCAGCAUGACCUUUUCCACUUCAUCAUUCUCCUGUUUCUUUGGAACAAUUUUUGUGUUUGCUUCUAUAUUACUUGUAUUUAAUGAUAACAUCAGAUUCCUUAACUUAAAAAUAAACUGAAUUCUGCCACAAAAUUUGGUAGUU